AUUCAGAGUUUUGUGUGAAAUGUAAAGCAAUAAUGCAUUGAAAUAAUGAUAAUAAGGAAACCACUAAUCAAUGCAUUAAUUGCUGAUUGAAUUCAAUUGAAUGACAAUUCACUCAAUUGUGUCUCAAAUGUCCACAACUUAGACAUCGCUCACCGAUUAUGGCUAAAAGUGAGACUAGAAUUGGUUUAUUGUCUGUCAAUGAAUCCAAUCAGAAGAUGCGGAUUAUUGUCAACGGAAAGCAACUCAUUAUACAAGAGAUGUGUGUCAACAAUGACCCCAAUUUGCUCACCACUGGAACCGAUGACCACAACAAUGACCACAACUCUCAACAGCCGAAUCUGAGCUCACGUUUAGUGAAUAUACACCGAAACGAGUCGUUAGGUUUGGGUCUAUCAAUAAAAGGCGGUUCCGAACACUCGCUUCCGAUCCUCAUCUCAAGAAUUCCGAAUCUGAGCUCACGUUUAGUGAAUAUACACCGAAACGAGUCGUUAGGUUUGGGUCUAUCAAUAAAAGGCGGUUCCGAACACUCGCUUCCGAUCCUCAUCUCAAGAAUUGUGAGCCAAAGUCCGGCCGAUCUCUGCAAACAACUCUUCAUCGGCGACGAGAUAUUGGCUGUGAAUGACGUGGACUUUGACGGCACCACAACACACGACGAGGCGCUCAAACUAUUGAGACAAUCGGGCGAUGACAUCACUCUCAAAGUGAGACACCAUAGAGUGGCCAACAUUUACCGCAAACAGUGGCGCAAAAACGACAAUCAAUUCAUUGACUUACAAGACGACAAUCCACUCAUUAAGAAGACAUCGACUCUUUGUUUGAAUGAAUUGAAAGAAUUGCCAAAACCUGAGACCAAUAGUACGGAGAGUUGGAAAGAAUGCGUGCGAAUGGAGCUCUUCCUCUCGAGUUUGUCUCAAUACGUCUCGUUUAGUGAUAAACUAAGAGACGCCGGCUUUGAGGUGAGGGCUCUGAGCGGACAAUCAGCUCUCGUUCAGUGCGAUAACCAAGAGAUAUGCCAUCAGUGGUGCAAAACCAUUACAAAUGCCACAAAUAAUCUCACUUUCAGUCACAUGAAACUCAUAAACAAAUCAUUGCCUAAAAGUGAACACAUUGUAUACAUGGGUUGGGUGUCAGACUGUCAGACAAUUAGAUGCCAAUCCAAACAGACAUACAAGUGGUCACAGGAGUACCUCAUCAUAAAAGGCGGUUCCGUUUAUAUACACAAAUGUCCGCCAAAUUCAUUGAUUCAAAACGAUAGUCAACUCAACAUUCAUUUGGCAAACAAUGCAUUAUUUCAUUACAAUUGCUAUCAAUCGGUGUUUCGUUGCGUCAAAUCUAACGAGCAAUUGGAUGACAAGCGAAACGCGUUUAUAAUACAGAGCGCCGACGAAUUGACGCCCAAAUACUUGGCCACAGAGAGUGCGGACGAAUUAAAUGAAUUGAAGAACGCGUGGCACAGAGCUAACUAUCAUUCCGUUACACAACUCGGGAGCAAAACGUUUGCAGUGGUUUGCGAGGGAAUGUCGGGUUCGCUGACACUGGACUGGCGGAUGGGGUUUGCCUUAUAUGACCCGCUGUUGAAGUCAUACCAAUGGAAUUAUAAGUUUCAUCAAUUGAAACACUCGUCAGACGACGGGAACCGCAAACUGUCGCUCACUUUCGUUACGAAUCCCAACGAUAGUCGCAUUACUGAGACUCAACUCUUGGAAUGCAAUUCAUUACAGAAUCUCUUGUAUUGUAUGCACGCCUUUCUCAGCGCUAAAGUCGCUUCAGUUGAUCCCAGAUUUCUUCAGUCAUCAUAAAAACGGUGCUUUUCUGCCAAUCCAUUCGCCACUUAUUUAUUACAAACUUAACCAACAAAUGAGUGCAACAAUUAUUUUAGUCAAAAAUCAAUUGUUUUAUCUGAAAAC